AUGUCGCUGGAGGAGGAGGAAGUACCGUAUGAACUCCCGGAUUUACCACAGUUUAGUGCAAUUGAGUGCAACAAGAUGAGUAUCAUUGGAAGACUAGUCAACCCUGACUGUCAAAAGAUCAAGGAUCUUAUCCUUGAUAUGCCAAGGAAGUGGCAAGUGUAUGAUAUAGUGCGGGGAGUAGCUCUAUCGUCUACUAUGUUUCAGUUCAUCUUUAAGUAUGAACAUGAUCUAGAGGAAGUGAUGCGCAAGAGAGUAUGGACUUUCAAUGAAUGGAGCAUUGUGAUUGAUCGAUGGAUGGAAAAACCACCAGAGGAUUAUCUUAAGUACCUGUUGGUGUGGGUUCAGAUUCGCAAUAUUCCGGUUAAUCAUUACACUAAAGAAGCCAUUGAGGCUUUUGGUGAUUUCGUUGGUAGAGUGGAUGUAGUUGCUUUUGAUCCAAGUAAGGCACAGACGCAGGAUUACGUUAGGGUUCGUGUCUUCUUUGAUGUCUCAAGACCGGUAAGGAAGACGAAGGUGAUCAAUCUUCCUAGUGGGGAGACAGUGACCCUUCGCUAUGAUUUUGAGAGACUACAGAAAAGAUGCUUUCACUGUCAACGCCUGACACACGAAAAGGAUAAAUGUCCUGUACUGAUUUAA